GGAUAAUAUUCGCACUCGCUUCAUGACUAGUCAAGCGAGCGACGCUGUUUUUCCUGCCAUUCAUUUUCUAAAACAUUUUCUCGACGAUUCCUGCUUCACGUUCCGAUUUUUCCAUCCUCAAAGGUUCUUUUCGAAGUCUUGAAAGUCAUUCUCCCACUAGAGGUCACACGAUGCGGAGAAUCACGGCUCUGUCACGGUCCAGCGUUUCGUAUGAAUAGUGUGAACAUGACAGAAUUGCGACCCUCGCAUGAAUGCAACUCGUGGAGUGGGAGAGCAAAUAUAACAACAAGCUUUCAUUUAUGAUAUCUGUCUGGAGCUCAUUCACUAAUAAAUAAACAUUUCUCUUUUUGUCGAGGGUCGGUAUGAGAUUUUCCCAGGUUUGUGGCCUGUGCACGUCACAUGCGUCCGUUUGAAGCGUGACAAAGUGUUAUAUAAAUUAUUCUCCUAGAACCCCUCCCCUUUAGUUCAUCCAUCACUCCGCGUGUUUGAAGUUGGUUUGCGGUGAGGAAUUGCACUGAAACGCACCGCACAUUUUGACCUUAACCUGGACAUUCUUAAAUCUACCUUGAGCAUCACGAAAUAUAUAGGCCUACUAUUGUUUCAUCUCUAUUAAACUUCAUCAAUGUGUCAUAAGUGAACAAGUAUUCUCCACAAAAGAGGACACAUCUAGCUUUUAUUCAUCAGCAUGGCUCAAACUCACUUUGAGAAACCAAACUCAAGGAAAUGGAGAGAUUCUUUAAGCAGUUUCAUAUCACCGCAUCUGCCUUCCUUUGCAAACCGCAUGAUGCCGCCAACCAGUCUUCACGACAACACGAAUCGCCUGCCUGUGUAUUCAAUCUCGGGGAGCGGAACUUCGCCAAUUGGCGGGGCCAAGACGACAGAUCCCGAGCCAAAGUCGCCCACUUUCUCGGCCUACUCCUUUGACGGACCCGUAUGUAGAAUAUGCCAUGACGUCACAGAUGUUUCAGGUAACAAGAAGCUCAUAACACCGUGCGGCUGCACCGGCUCUGCUCAGUAUAUCCACAAACAAUGUCUGCAGAAAUGGACAAGGUUAAAAGGAGCCUCCACAUGCGAGAUCUGCAACAAGUCAUACCAGAAGAAAUACGUCAAAUUCAAAAUGACAUCGUCCGAAGAGAAUACAGUAGCCUCAGCAAUAACAAUCCUUCUUCUGCUGAUAGGUGUCUUAUCCGUAGGAAUCUACCUCCUCGCCGAAUACCUAGUCAAAGUCAAACACGAUCCGAAGGUCCGCGGUUCCAGUGAGAUCUGGGUUUCCAUCAGCCUCGUCAUCAUCGGGUUCCUAGGCAUGCUCGUCUUCCUACCGUGGUUCAUCUGUUUCUGCUUGAAGACGGGGAAGACUCCGAGGGCGACAGCCAACCGCAAUGGAAGAUCGACGGCGGAUACGUCACAGGAUACGUCGGUUGUGUCGUCGGUUGUCAAUCUAUCCGAGAUAGACCCGGUUGUGGACAAUGCGCAGUCGGCGUACACGUACGAGCAACAGAACUUUGAAGCAAGCGGCUACGCGGAGGGCGCCAGCGAUACGCGCACCUCAAGUGACGACAUCAGCGGGACAGGAGCGUAUGUCAACCAAAUAGUUCAGGUGGAUGGAUUAGAAGAAGAUAAUAGCGUGCAUGACAAAGGCAACGCCGCCGUCUUAUUUGUAUGAUGAUAGAUCAUAAAAGAACAGCAUAAAAACUGAUUUUUACAUAUGACAUGUUUAUUUAUUGAGUCAAUGAAGACAUUUUGACUUGUUAGUAUAUGUAAAAGAAACUUAUGAGGCCUUUUUGGAUUACUCGUGAAUCAGAGACGGAAAGACACACGUUGUCCUUAAAUGAAAAGUAAGGAACGCUCAAGGAAGAUGUCACCAUAAUUGAAUAAGAAAUACGCUGCCAUUGGAUGAAAAAAUGAGGAACGCUGAGGGAAGCAAUCACCAUGUAUGAAGAAUUGAAAAUGAGUGAUAAUGGCUAAUAUGGCUUGAAAGGAGAGAUCAACUCGUCCCGGCCCGAUGUUCAAUCUGGGAACUGUUUUAUCAGUCACAUCAAAGGACAUUGGUUUGGUUGCCAAUUCCUAGAGGGAAAUCGCUCUUAUUGAAUCUUGACGGUCAUCUUACAUUUCAUUCCAGGGCAGUGGGUUGUUGAUAAAGUUCCAACAGGACUUCUCCCGGAGACAGAGUUCUCAAGAAAAGUGUUUUCGAACGCCCGGAGUAUUCCCAUGUUCUUAAUUGCCUGAGAAGGUCCUCAAAGUUUGAUGUGUCCCAGAUAACUCUCUUUAUGUGUUUGAUUACAACAAAAUGUGCAAUUCAUCUUGUUCUCUUGUCUUGUUGAAUUCAAACAAUGUUUAAAAAAUAACUUUC